CACACCGCUGCGCCCUGUACAAGAAAACAUUAAAUGGCCUCGGUUGUCGUGCGGAACAAUCGGAUGAUUCUGACUCAUCUGCCUAUGGCGUGGACUGAAGAAAGCGAUGGGGGGAGGGCGAUCGAAGUUCAUCAGCCGAAGGCUACCGGCGAAGACUCGGUCCAAUGCUUCUUCUCCCGUCGAACAUAAUAAUAAACCAUAAUGACGCCAGUGACGAUUGAGUGAGUGAAGCAGCGAGCGAGCGAUUGAACGAAAGAACGAACGAGCGAAGAAGACAGAGUCAUUCAUUCUUCAACUUAACCACCUCAGGGGGAAGAGAGAGACAUUCGGUGCACGCGACGUGGCUCACAGCCCCAAGCCCAACCCCAAGCACCAAGCCCCAAGUAGCCUCCUACUUAAUGUGGAGAGAGCCCUUGUGCAAUCGGCCGACAGCGAACGGUACCGCAGACUGAGAGAAGAGGGCCAAGAGGAGCAGCGCGGGGGCUGGGGUUGGGACUCGGUGGGGAAAGGAAGAGCGAUGGUGGUCCCGUUCCGUUCUAGGGUGAGUACAAACUCAUUCAGUAGACACGUAAUGUGCUUGCUGCUAGCACUUCUCUACCACCGCUACCACUUCUAGCACUACCCCCAACAAGAAGCACUGCGUCUGGGGCUUGGGCUUGGGCUUGUUGGCUUGUUGGCUGGGCUUGGCUGGGCUUGCUUCUCUUUACCUUUUUCCCCCCCUUCGGCUCCUUCGGUCUCGUGCUGCUUGGUAAAAGAGGAAACCCCACGGCACCAUCCGUGCCCCCGUUCCGCUGCUCUCUGCCCUCCCGGGGGCUGCGUCUUUUAGACCAGACUAGCACCGUAGCGUAGCGUAGUAGUAGAGGCAGAGGCAGAGGCCCACUCGACCCAUCGACAGCAGUAAGCAAGCGAGACAGGCAGCACCACAUCAACAGCAGCAGCAGCAGCAGCACCAUUCAGGAGGACUCGCGGCUCUGUUCAGCUGUCUGAUUCUUUCCGUGUGUGCGUUUGUGUGUUGCUGGAUAUUGUGCAGAGCAGAGCGGCGGCGUCGCAGCAUUUGUCUGUGUUCCAGGUCAGGGAAUGAAUGUUUGUUCUUCGUGGAUGAUGUGAAGCGAAGCGAAGCGAAGUGAAGGGAGGGGAGGCAGGCAGGCAGGCAGGCCGACAGACGGUCACGUAGGCUUGCAAUUUCUCGGUGAGGAGGAGGAGGGACGAGGAGGAAGGCCUUGAGAGCGCGAGUCGUGGUUGGUGUCGGAUCGGGGGAUCUUUGAGCGAGGGGCAAUUGAAUAGAGGGGUGCGGGGGACGAGACUGCAGGGGGGCUGGGGGAGCCUUGCAAUCAUGGCGGACUGGCAGGAAGCCGUGCAGGCUUCCGUGAUAGCAUUAAUUUUCGCGUUUAUGGUUGCAAAGCUGGUGUCGGUUGUGAUCUCUUUUCGAGGCGAGAAUUUGCGCGUGGAGAGGGGCUCGGCCGACAAGGAGGGGUUGAUUUCCGACGCUUCUGAAGGCGAGGAGUUGCUGGGCGACGACGAGGAGGCGAGCAGUUCCUCUGACGAAGAGGAGGAAAAUUCCCGUGAGAUUGAGCAGCGCUCUGAAUUGGUAGGCUCCGCAGCGCCCAGGAGCCUCGGGCGCACCGAGGAGACCGAUCUCCCCGCGGCGGAAGAGUUAGAAAAGAGGUCGACCCCGCCGAUUGUCGAUGCCUCUUUGCAUAAUCUCGCGGAAGCGAAAUCGGUGGAGCAGCAGCAGGCGAAGGUUUCAGCCCAGGAAAAAGACUCGUCCAGUGGUUCAGCCCAGCCGGAGCACGCUGCGGAGGAGAAUGAAGUCAAGGCUGCGGAGACCACUUCUGAGAAGCAGGAACAGCCCGAAGCGAGUGGUGAUGUUGCUGCGAAUGACGAGGAGGGAAAGAAAGUCAAACACUCCGUCGAGGGCCCCGGAGAACUGUCCGAUUCCGAUGAGUGGGAAGGCGUGGAGAGCUCAGAAUUGGAAGAGCUGUUCGGUGCCGCUGCCACUUUUGUGGCGACGCAGGCUGUCGGCCCCGGGUUGAAGGUAUCGAAUGACACUCAGCUUCUUCUGUAUGGACUCUACAAGCUCGCCACCGAAGGGCCGUGCUCGACGCCUCAGCCGUCUGCUUACAAAAUGUCCGCACGCGCCAAAUGGAAUGCUUGGCAGAAGCUAGGAAACAUCGGUCCGGAGGAGGCCAUGAAUCGCUACAUUGCUGUGGUUUCGGAGAUGAGUCCCGGUUGGAACAAGGGCUUACCGCAAGCGGAAGAACAACCUCAAAGCAGCACUGAUGGAGAAGCUGUCCAACGAGGCGGAAUGGGUCCCGUUUUCAGCUCUUUAGUGAUGAACGAGGAAGGAGGCGAUGAAGAAGGCACUUUGGAGCCCAUCCACGUGUGUGCUAGAGAAGGUGAUAUAGCAGGUUUGAAUCAACAAUUAGAAAGUGGCACAGCAGUUGAUCUUAAUGAUAGUGAUGGCCGCACCGCACUUCACUGGGCAGCGGAUCGGGGUCACUUGCACGCGGUUGAACUUCUUCUGGCUAAGGGUGCACAGAUUAAUUCUAAGGAUUUGGAGGGUCAGACUGCACUGCACUAUGCUGCCACAUGUGAACAAGAGGACAUUGCAAAAUAUCUCAUUAGUAAGGGUGCUGAUUCAACCAUGCCAGAUAAGGAGGGUCUCACUCCUCUCGGCUCACGUCCUUCUCAGUGGACUUGGAUGCAGGCCACCACGUAGACCACAGCCAAAUGAUGCUACAAGUGACUUUUGCAGAAAUUGACAAUCAGUUUGGGGAAUUCAUUACUUCUGCCAUUUAGACUGUCGUACUCGAGUAUGCAUAGCCCAUGGUAAAACUAGGGCUGGGGCUUUGAUUGGUUGUGUUUGUAGGUGUUAAAAUUGUCACUUCAUGGGGUUGUCCUCUUUCUAUCAAAUUCUUGUUCCGUAUCUCUCAUUGUCAGGAGAAGUUUACUUGAAGAAAGAGGGAAGAUCUUACUGUAAAGGGUGAUGAGAGCAAUUCCCGGCUUUCAAUCAUCAGCUAAACUGAGGAUAAGGUUGAAUAUCACGUAUAAAUCAAUAUAAAUUGUUCUCACCGUAUUAGACCACACCCUCGGAUCGUGGUGAAACUAUUUCGAG